AUGGAAUCUAAUAGCACCUGCGCCGCUUCCACCGCCGCUGCGAUCGGCGGCGGCGGGAGCGACGUGACGCAUGCUGACAUCAGCGAGUAUUACGGGAAGACGGUGCAGAAGCAGUCGGAUCUGCAGACGUCAGCAUGCUUGGUGAAGGGCGGCUUGGGCGAGGACAUUCGCCGCCUGCUCAGCAACGUCCACGAUGAGAUCUUGUCGAAAUUCUACGGCUGUGGUUCACCGAUCCCUCCCCUGCUCAAGGUACAGUGGAACUCUUCUCAUCCCAUAACUGGUUCCUCGCCUUUCUCUCUUAGUUUCUCCCACAUCUCAUCCCCUCCCCUCCUCCAUCCCCCUGCUUCCCCCCGCCUUCCCCCCCCCCUCCUCCCACUCGCUUCCCCCCGCUCCCUCCUCACUCCCGUUCCCUUUCCCCCUCUACGCAUUUCUUGCCUCAUCUCCCUCUCGUCGUCUUCUCGUAGCAAUGGCUGCACGGUGCUGGAUCUGGGGUGCGGAACAGGGAGGGAUGUCUACGUGGCAGCUCAGCUUGUGGGGCCCACAGGCCAGGUCAUCGGUGUCGACAUGACAGACGAGCAGCUGGCAGUGGCACGGAAGCACGAGGAGUACCACCGGGAGAAGUUCGGAUUCGCCGAGUCCAACGUGUCGUUCAGGAAGGGGUUUAUAGAGGAUCUCAAGGCUGCUAAUGUCGAGGACAGCUCAGUGGAUGUGGUUGUGUCAAACUGCACCAUCAACCUCACGCCCGUCAAGUUGCCUGUCUUUUCCGAGAUCGCCCGCGUGCUCAAACCGGGCGGCGAGCUCUACUUCUCGGACGUGUUUGCCGACCGGAGAAUCCCCCAGCACCUGCGACAGGACAAGGUUCUCUUUGGCGAGGGUUUCAGCGGUGCCCAUUACUUGGAAGAUUUCCGGCGCCUCAUGGCCUCGGUGGGUUUGGGUGGGUGGGGAGUGGUGGAGGCUCGACAACUCCACGUGGAUAACCCCAAGAUUGCCGCCCAGAUCGGCCCGAUCAAAUAUUACAGCUUCACUGUUCGGGCGGUGAAGCUGCCCGAAGGGGAAGGCGUGGACCUGCCCGAGAAUUACGGGCAGACGGCGACAUAUUCCGGGUCUAUUCCCGAGAAAGCGGGGGAAUUUGCCCUGGAUGAUGUGAGGGUGUUCAAGACAGGUGUGCCCACGCCUGUGGAUGCUACAACUGCUGCCGUGCUGGAAAAGUCACGCUACAACAGUGUGUUUACUGUCACUGAGAAGGGUGCUCACCAGGGGGUCUUUACUGGUUGGCCAAGACCCAAGGAGCAGCACAAUACAAGGCGAUCCAUUUUCUUGCUUGCUGCCUACAAGCCUCUACCGAUGUUGAUUCGUUCUCUUCAAUCAUCCUUCAUCCGCCGUCCUUUAGCCACAUCAUUCGUGAUGUCGUGCUGUAACAAGACAACCACCGCUUCCGUCGCCAAGCCGACGUCGUGCUGCGGGCCGAAAGCUUCCGCCGCUCCGUCGGAAGCCAAGGCGGCGACUUCAUCGUGCUGCGGGCCUAAGACUGCUCCCGCUCCGACUGAGCCUACUAAGAGCAGCUGCUGCGGCCCUAAAUCCGCCGCGUCUCCCGCCGCUGGAACCGGCGCUGGAAGCGACGUGACGCAUGCUGACGUGAGCGAGUAUUACGGGAAGACGGUGCAGCAGCAGACGGAUCUGCAGACGUCAGCGUGCCUGGUGAAGGGCGGCUUGGGGGAGGACAUUCGCCGCCUGCUCAGCAACGUCCACGACGAGAUCUUGUCAAAAUUCUACGGCUGUGGCUCACCGAUCCCUCCCCUGCUCAAGGGCUGCACGGUGUUGGAUCUGGGGUGCGGAACAGGGAGGGAUGUCUACGUGGCAGCUCAGCUGGUGGGGCCCACAGGCCAGGUCAUCGGGAUCGACAUGACAGACGAGCAGCUGGCAGUGGCGCGCAAGCAUGAGGAGUACCACCGGGAGAAGUUUGGUUUUGAGAAGUCCAAUGUGUCGUUCAGAAAGGGGUUUAUCGAGGAUCUUAAGGCUGCUAAUGUCGAGGACAGCUCGGUGGACGUGGUGGUGUCCAACUGCGUCAUCAACCUCGCCCCCAGCAAGGUGCCAGUGAUUGCCGAGAUCGCCCGCGUGCUCAAGACGGGCGGCGAGCUCUACUUCUCAGACGUGUUCGCCGACCGCAGAAUCCCCAAGCACCUGCAACAGGACAAGGUUCUUUUCGGUGAGUGUCUCAGUGGAGCGCUUUACCUGGAGGAUUUCCGCCGCCUCAUGGCUUCUGUGGGUCUGGGCGGGUGGGGAGUGGUGGAGGCUCGAGAGCUCGACGUGGAAAAUCUAGAGAUAGCCGCCCGUGUCGGGCCGAUAAAAUUCUACAGCUUGACUGUUCGGGCAGUGAAGCUGCCCUCAGGGGCGAGUGACGGGGAAGGCGAGGACCUGCCCGAGAAUUACGGGCAGACGGCUACAUAUUCCGGUUCUAUUCCAGGACAAGCAGGGGAAUUCACCCUGGACGAUGUGAGAAUUUUCAAGGCGGGUGUGCCCACGCCUGUGGAUGCUACAACUGCUGCCAUGCUGACUGUGUCGCGCUACAGCAGUGCAUUCACUGUGACUGAGAAGGGGGCUCACCAGGGUCCCUUCACUGGGUUGGCACGGUUUCCAGCGUCAGUGGCUGGUGCCUGGUGGUCUGCUACCGUAGAGAAGGCGAAAUCUGGGUGUUGUUGA